CAAGCUAUUCAGAAGAAGAAGCAAUUACAUUCAGCUGAUAAGACACACGGGGACUCAGGUCUGCCUGCGAGUGCUUGCCAGUGAGAGUGAGCUUCCAGUCGAGCAGUGAUUCUUGGCCGGAUUGGAACGUUUUCCGAGGGAAGUUCUAGAACGAGAAAAACCGGAGCAAAAUGCCACAAGAAGAACCAAAUGCCGGUGUCAAAAUCUACAACCUGGUGGUCCUGAUCGUCGACAUCCUGGUGAUGAUGUUCCGGUGGACCUACUACACGCUGGAGGCCAUGUACAUGGUGGUCGUGCCACCGAAGCCGGAAAGCGUCGCCAAGGACAUCGUCGUGGUAACUGGGGCUGGUCAUGGUAUUGGUCGCUCGUUGGCCCAGCAGUAUGCCCAGCUGGGAGCAACGGUCGUCUGUUUGGACAUUAACGACAAGAUGAACAGCGAAACCGUAGCCAGCAUCAAGAAGGAACGUGGCAACGCUUUCGGAUAUGUGUGCGACGUAACGAACCGGGAAAAGAUCAUCGAAACGGCCAAAAUGAUCAAGGAGCAGGUCGGUAUCGUUACCAUUCUGGUCAACAACGCCGGUAUCAUGCCGACGCAUACCCUGCUGAAACAAACGGAGGGCGAGAUCAGGAAGACGUUCGAGAUCAACGUGCUGGCUCACUUUUGGAUGCUUCAAACAUAUCUGCCGGAUAUGAUUCAGAAGAACCGUGGAUUCAUCGUAGCCCUGUCGUCCAUUGCCGGUCUGGUCGGGCUCAACAACUUGGUUCCGUACUGCGGUAGCAAACACGCCGUCCGUGGCAUCAUGGAAGCCGCCCACGAGGAGAUUCGUCAAGAUGCCCGCAAUCCAAACAUCAAGUUCACCAGCGUCUAUCCGUACAUGGUCGACACGGGCCUGUGCAAGAAGCCGCACAUGCGUUUCCCGAACCUGAUGCGACUGGUCAAACCGGACGAGGCGGCGGCAGCCAUCAUCGAUGCCCAGCGGCGCGGUCUUAUUGAUGUGUCCAUUCCCAAGUAUCUGCUGUACCUGAACACCUUUGUGCGGCUGUUCCCGCUCAAGGCUGCCAAUCUGCUGCGGGACUUCCUGGACAGCGGGGUGGAGUCGGAUCUGUGAACAUUGAUUGGCAUGCGGAUAGACACAUGUGUAUACAAAAUAUCACUCCUACAGCACGCGCAGCUCUAGUUAGUUGCCCUAAAUGUUAACUUAUUUGUUAUGUUACGAUUGCAAUAUUUGUCCAUUAUACAGCAGCAUUUUUCAAUCUUGUGAGAAUAAUUUUACUUUUGAGUCAGGUAGGGAGCACUCAGCACAAAGAUUUAUUUGUAAGCGACCAU